AUGAAGAAGGGUUUUACAUCGUUGCAAGGAGUUACAUCGGCUAUUAAACAACUUGCAACCGGUAGCCCUCCAGAUGAGAACGACGAGUAUUUACAUAUGGCCGAAAGGACUUCCCGCGAGUGUCUAGAAUAUUUCUGUGAAACGGUAUGUAAAAUAUACGCUCCCGAGUUCUUACGUAGGCCAACAAGCCAUGACAUGGCGCUUUUGUACCAAGCUCAUGGGGAUAAACAUCACCUUCCAGGUAUUGUGGGUAGCCUUGAUUGCACCCAUUCCGUAUGGAGAAUGUGUCCCACAGAGUUUCGGGGCCAAUAUAUGAGAAGAGAUCACCAUUACCGUACAGUUAUGCUCGAAGCGGUGGCAUCUCCAGAUUUGUGGAUUUUGCAUGCUUUUUGCGGUCCUCCAGGUGCACAAAACAACAUCAAUGUGCUUCAACAAUCUCCAUUAUUUCUUACUAAACGAAAUGGAACGACACCAAAAUGUCCAUUUUACGUUAACAACUACUUAUACAAAUGUGGUUACCAUCUCGUGGAUGGAAUCUACCCUACAUGGUCCGUGUUUGUCAAAUUAUUUCCAUAUCCUCACCUACUAGACGAAAAGAAGUUCAAGAAGCAACACGAGGCGGCAAGAAAAGACGUGGAACAGACUUUUGGUGUUUUGAAGUCAAAAUGA